AUGGGUGCCACUACCGAGGGCGCGUAUGGGGAUGUUUCUCCAAGAUCAGAUAUAACGCCGGAGAAAGCGCGAUUCGAUGCUCACCGCCUACCACAGGUGAUGGAGGAACGGCCAGAUACUGUUCGGCAUGACUCGGGGGAUUCGAGCUCAUCGGAUGACUUUUCCGCUUCGACCCACCAAGGACAUGAGCUCGGUUUCGACGGCAUCAGCGAUACCGAUAGCCACACCCAGUUCACCCCGGGCUCGACUGGGGAAGACCUCACACCUUUGACUGGCUAUUCUUCAAUUCAACCCUCAUGGAAUUCUCAAAAGCAACACAGGACAAGGGAAGAGAGUCUGGGAGAGAUACGGGAGGUCCCACCCCUCCCCUCAGUAACAAACGCGAGGCCUCAAAGACCUUCAGCACCCGCACGAACUCCAUCCAGUACCUAUAAUCCACCACGGAAACCUCCUCACUUGCUAUCAUACAACUCGGGCAAGCAUUCUUCGUUCUCUGGCACACGGGUCCGGCGAGACCCAAACGCGCAGUAUCGAGCGCAAGAGAAGGCAUACAUACAGCAACUACGGCAGGAUCGAUACAACGAUUAUCUUGACGAAGAGCCGUACACACCCUCUUUGGGAUAUAGUACUGACUCCGAGCCUGAGGAAGAAUCUCCCUCGUCCGAUGUCCACCUAGACGCCGACGGGAAUUACGACCAAGAUACCCAGCUCUUCUAUAACAACGAUGCUAUCCAACCAUCUUCAGAAGAGCUUCAAGUGCCCGAAAACCGUGAAAGGCUUGAGUGGCAUAGUAUGCUGGCAUCUGUGUUGAAAGGCGAUGUCGUUAAGCAGGAGAAGGCACGGCUGAUAGGCAACACAGAGCAGAAAGGAGAGGAGGUGCUCAAAAACGAGCUAUGGUUGGGUGUCCGGGCGAAGGUGUGUGGGCGGACUAUACCUGCACAGCGGCGAAUGAUAGACGAAGGUCGAGGGGGCAUCAUACCCAUCAUCGAGGCAAUCAUUGCAUUCCAGGUCAAGGGUGAAACUGAAGUGGGAAUGCCAGCGGCAAAACAGGUUCUGGAUGUCGUACACAAGAUCGAACAAUGCGAAAGGUUGUUUCCUACGCGAAAAGCUCUCGGGAUCGCCAUUGAGCGUGCUGCCUCGACUGCAUUCAUCGAGAGCUCUGAAGCUGUCAUCUCUUGGCACAAUACGACGGAAAUGAUCAACACAGAGCUUGCCGUCUUGCGAGGCUGGGUUGGGAAUGAGGAGCUGGACUUUGCAAAGUCGACGACCCAAGCUCCGGAUGGAUCUGGACUGGUCGACGACUCGACGUUCCUCGAAAGGCUCCAUAAAGAUGAAGGUCUUACGUCUUUGCAGGGCGACGAUGAGGGCAAACACAGCAUGCUAGCUCCAGUAGCAGAGGUCAUCAAGAAAGCCAAGACGAUGCUCAUCAUGAACGCCACUCAAUUCGCUAAACGCCAUCUGCCUCCUUACAUCGAAGAGUUGUUGACUCUCAUCAAUUUUCCCUCACGGCUCAUCCAAGAGAUCAUCCGGAUGCGACUGCGAUUUGCUACCAAGAUGAAGGAUCCAGCGACACUGACACCAAUGAUGCAGACCUCGAUGAUCUCCCAAUUUCAAAUAUUGCUGAAAUUAGCUGUGCGAAUUAAGCAAGACUAUACCGUCCUAUCUCAGCCAGAAGCCGGCUGGGAGCUGCCUCCCUGCAUUGACGAUAACUUCGACCUUGUGGUCCUGGACGCCUUGAAGUUCUACUUCAAAAUGUUGAAUGCAAAGCUCGUGGGAAAUAGGAACACGUUCAAGGAAGCCGAGAUUCUCGAACAAGAAUGGGAUUUUUGCAACGACAUAGGACGAUUUCUUGAGGGAGGCGAUGUCGAGGUCGCCGAACAAUUCAGCGGGCUGACAGCCAAGGCCUUGCAACGUCUCACCACGCACUUCGAGCGAGAACUGACAAGGAGGCCUGAAGAGAACGCUCUAGAUAUGGACAAGCGGUAUAAACAAAUACUGGAUUCUGUCCGCGUUCGUCAAAGAAAGUUGUUCCGUUUCUCGAGGCAUUUGGGGAUUCGCUUCGAGAAUGCCACCGAGUUCAAUAUUUCCUUCGGAAGGCAGCAACUGCAAAGCUUCUACGAUGCUCUUAUCGAUUCAGAUCAUUUCCUCAUCUCCAGUCCCGCCUUUCAACACGAUGGCAUCUUUCUCAUAGCAUCGCCGUCCUUGUACGAUCGGCCCCGGGAUAUACAGUCACUACUCGGAACGUCUUCUCAUGGGGAUGCAAAAGACUUGGAGGAUGUUUCGGAAAUGUAUGUCUUGAUCAUCCGGCCGGAUGAGCCUUUGUAUUGGGAUGGCAAAAAGGUAGAGAUCACUAUGCGCGCACCCUCAAUGGAUAUCAGACCUGGGCGCUUGCGUCUUGUAGCAGACGGGUCCUUACCACGGCUACAAAUCGCACGAACUGCUUUCCUCCAAGCCAUAGGCAUGAAGCUCGAUAUCUUGACGGAUCUGCGAGCCAAUUUGCCAAGAGUCAACAUGGAGCUCGGUAAGAUCAAAAAGACUGCUUACAAGCUUUCGAACACUAUCAUGGAGAGCGUUGAAAUAAUCAGAAAGCAGACCGAAGGUCUUGAGAACCAGGAACUUAUACAGACCUGCUUUGCAUUCGCCACUGAAUUUGGGAAACGAUCUGUGGCCUAUAUGGACGUCAACCGACGUUUGAUGAACAACUUGAAGCUCACUAGGCUUGCAUUGGACUGGGUGAGCUUCAUCUGCGAUGAUUGUGUACCAUCAGACCGAAAAACGUUCAAAUGGGCCGUAGUUGCUCUCGAAUUUGCUAUGGUCAUGACGACUGGACCGAACAUCCUCUCAAUUACCGACGGCGAGUUCAAGCGAUUACGGACUAAGGUAGCUGGAUGUAUGUCGCUGUUGAUAUCACACUUCGAUAUAAUGGGAGCCAAGUCGACGUUAGCCGCUCAGGCAGAAAAGCAAAGGGUCGAAGCAGUGGCAGGGCAGUUCCGAAAAAUGGACAUUAGCAGGAUGAAGAACGAUGCAGAAGCUUCAGAGUUUGUCCGCGAACAAUGGCUUGCUCAGUUGAGCGAGAUUGAUGAGGCCAGGAGACAGAAGAACGCAGAACGACAGGCAUUGGGCCGCGUUAUGGAAGAGUCAAACGACGCCGACCGCUCGUUGACUUACCUUUCAUCCUCGGCUACCAACGUCAGUAUGCGAUGGCAACAAGGCCAGUUUGUUGGCGGUGGAACUUUUGGAUCGGUAUACGCAGCCAUCAACCUUGACACAGGAUACCUGAUGGCUGUCAAAGAGAUUCGAUUGCAAGAUCCACAGCUCAUCCCAACCGUGGCUGGCCAAAUCCGUGAUGAGCAGGCCGUUCUCGAGGUCCUCGACCACCCCAACAUUGUAUCCUACUUCGGCAUAGAGGUCCACCGAGACAAAGUCUAUAUCUUCAUGGAAUAUUGCUCUGGCGGUUCCUUGGCCAAUCUCCUUGAGCACGGGCGUAUCGAGGACGAGACAGUGGUCCAGGUUUACGCACUGCAGAUGUUGGAGGGUUUGGCAUACCUCCACCAAUCUGGCAUCGCUCAUCGCGACAUUAAGCCUGAGAACAUUCUGCUUGACCACAACGGCAUCAUCAAAUACGUCGACUUCGGCGCCGCCAAAGUCAUUGCCCGCCAAAACAAAACACUCCAGCCCACCAACGAAACACCACUCGCCGCCGCAGGCGGUCCCGGCCUCCCCAAAGUUCCGGCAAAACAAAAGUCCAUGACCGGCACUCCAAUGUACAUGUCCCCUGAAGUCAUCAAAGGCUCCAACGAAGGCCGUCUCGGUUCGAUAGACGUCUGGUCCCUCGGCUGCGUGAUCCUCGAGAUGAGCACCGGGCGGCGUCCCUGGGCGAGCCUCGACAACGAGUGGGCCAUCAUGUACAAUAUCGCCCAGGGCAACCCGCCGCAGCUGCCUAGUAGAGAGCAAUUGAGUGAGCAGGGCAUAGAGUUCCUGAAGAGAUGCUUCGAGCGCGAUCCGAAGAGGAGGGCCAGUGCGGCGGAGCUGUUGCAGUGCGAAUGGAUUAGCACCAUCAGGGAACAAGUCGUGCCAAAGGAAAACGGGGGGUCCGAUGGUAGUGGCUCGAGCAGUGCGCACAGCUCGAGGCACAACUCAAGUCACUGGCGAUCAAGCGAAGAAGAGACCUAA